AUGGCGCCGCCUCGCCGCGAUGUUACAGGCCGCGGUCCCCGACCAGGAGAUCCCUGGGGCGGCAGGGCAGGGACGCAGUUGCGGAGGCAGCGCCUGCCCGUCAAGCAGGGCAAUACUGGCCUUUUGGAGCUACGUUCAGUGAAGUACCGAAAUGUGGAGAGAGCCCUGCGGCCAGUCCUGCAGGAUUGGAAGUGGAACCCAGACCUCGCGACUUUCGAGUUGAGGACCCUUGCGAACAACGCGCUCGGGAAGCUGGCUUUCCAGGUAUGCCAAGUGAUGCGCAAGAAUGAGGUGACACCGCUGACGGCGCACUUCAACUUUGCUCUGAACGCUUGUCGACAGGACGUGUGGCCGCUGUCUCUCGAGAUACUGAGCGACAUGGCGCAAGACCAGGUGUCCCCGGAUGAGCUGACCGUGAAAGAGGCAAUGCAAAACUGCUGCCAGCGAUGGAGGAACACGCUGUUCCUCUUUACAUACUUCCGGCAGAUGCCUGGUCUUGAGCUCGCCUCGUUCCGCAACGUGCUUGGCACUCUCUUGGAGAAGCCGAUGCGCUGGAAAGAGGCGUUGACGCUGUGGGAGGAGAUGACCGAGUCCGAUGUCACCCCGGAUGCCACCUGCUGGGCGCAGAUCAUCAAGUGGCACGGCAUCAGUGGUACUUGGGAGGAGUCCCUGCGACUCCUCAAGCUGGCGGAGCAAGCCAACUUGGACCGGCCUGAGUUGCCCUUCAACGGCGCCCUGUUCGCCAUGGGCCGAGCGCGGCAGUGGCAGGCCUCCUUGCACAUCCAUGCCCGGAUGAAGUCCCAGGAGCUGGAGAUAGCGCAGCAUGGCUACCGUGAUGUCGUCAUGACGUGCGCGACCGGCGAUCGGUGGCAGCUGGCCAUCAGGUUCCUUUCGGAGAUGGUCGAAGAGGAUCUGGAUCCCGAUCGAUCCUUCAGCUCCCUUGUGCGAGAGAUCGCCAGGGUCUUGGAGCCGGUAGCCGGUCGAGCGGAAGCGCCCCAGGAGCCGGACAGCGAAACGAAAAAGUCUGCCGAGCAACGCGGGGUGCAGAGCUGGGUGCACCGGAGACUUAGCGCAUUUACAGUAAAAUGA